AUUAAGUAGUAUAGUUCUAGUAACUAAAACCCCAUUUAAACAGUUAAGUAAAGAAAUUGCAUGCGAUUUUAGUUCAAUUGCGGUAUUUAUUCGAUCGACUGAAUGCAUUUUUUGCUAUAAUUUUACUUACACUAAUAAUUUUACAAUUAAAACUUGCCAAACAUUGUCUAUGGUGUUUUCGGCUAUUAUGCUUGCGAUUUAAGUUUCAAUUCAACCUGUCGAUAGAUUAUUCUCGAGGAGGGAGGACCUCAGACUUAAACAUUGGUUUAGGGAGUUUAUUAUAUUUUUAUAUGCUAAUUUUAUUAAAGUUGUUCGGUACUGUAUAUUUAGACAAACUUUCUUUAUAGUAAUUAUUUUCUCUCGGUUGUAGUAAUCUUUUUUCUCUUACACUUUUUGUAUUAUAUUUAUUUGUAGCCGUUAAUUUAUAUAAUUUUACUCUGUGGUUAGCAAUGUAUCGAAUAUUGCAUGCAAGUUCUUGACACACACACAAACACUUGCUCGAAAAAGAUCUUAUUUCAUGCAGGUGUACUGAAGGACAAAGGCCUAUUUUGUUCCCACGGGAGUUAAGGAUUGUGAAAAAAAAAGCUAUCACUCUUUAGGAUGUUAUAUUAUAUUUUUGUUUAUGUUUACAAUUAUUUAAUUUGAUUAAUUUAACAGCCGUUUAAAAUAUUUUUACAUAAUUUUCAAUCGUGGCUGAAUGCCGAACAGGUCUGUGCCUUCGAUGUAACCUAACCUAACCUAACCUGUCAAGAAAUUACAAAAUGGCGGACGAAUGUUUGAUAUGUCACCGUAUUUAAGAAUUAUUUCGCUUAAAAUUUUGUUUUUUCUUCGCAAGUGUGAUGAAACGCAUUGUGUGUAACUCCGGGGAGACCAUGGAUAUCGGCAGUCAUAUUCUUAGUUGUAAUGAGGACAGUAAACGUACAAUUCGCAAUGCCAGUGCCAAUGUUUCAACCAGCUCCGCCUCCACCGCCCAUGGUCAUGAUGGCGCCGCCGCCGCCACCCGUACCAGUCCCAGUCCCCUACCCGGUCCCAGUUCCUGUUAUAGUCACGAGGAAAACCACUACUACUACUACAACAACCCAAGCCCCGAAUGAAGCUGACGGCGAUGGGAAGUUUGCAUUUGCAUUCCCUUUGCCUUUUGGAUUCCCCAUGCCUUUCGCAUUACCACAAGCACCUCCUCCAAGAUUCUGCGCUGAUAAACCGAGGCCAAAGCAGUGUCCACCUUGUCCACCAUGUGUUUGUGCUCCAAGCUGCACACCUUCGUUUUACUCAUUUUGCUCUCCAUGUCAUCAGAAGUGCAGAUGUAAAAGUAAUGGUGAUACUCCGAGGCCUGAGCCUCCGAAGCCACCACCACCCGUUCCCAUUGUACCAGCACCUAUGCCUAUGUAUCCUAUGGUACCUCCAGCUCCAGGUCCUAUUUUCAUCUUCCCCUUGCCACCUGCUCUUCCUUUCAGACGUCCACCGCGAAGAGUACCCAUUGAUUCGAAGAGCGAAAGUUGUGAUUCUUCAGACAGUUCUUCCAGCACAGAUUCUGAUCAAGAUUGGCGUCGUAGAAAAAGACGAAAAUUCAAAAAAGGCAAAAGUCAUUUAAGUAACUACAGAAAGAAUGCUAAAAGCUUCGAAAGUAGUGAUGAUAUGGGAACAGUCGUACAUGAAACGAAGCUUGUAAAACCGAUGUUAUCGUACAUAAGCAGGCAAGGUGACGUGAGGUUUGAGAAAAAGAUUAGUGAGGACGAUGCUGCACAUUUGAUGGGCACAGAAACAGAUAGAUCAAAAAGCGUGGAAUAUCCUAAAAACAGUCGACGAUCUGCUGUCGCCAGGAAAGACAGUAGAACUGUCAUAUUCAGUCCGCCGCCAAACAAGAAAAUUACUAACCUCACAGUAUCUUUUGACGUCGUUCAAUAAUAACAAUAUCACUUUUACUUAUAUAGUCUAGUUUAAAAGUUCAAAGUGGUGAAAUAUAGAUACACUAGUUACUCCUAAAAAUACUCGCCACUUGCCUAGACUGUAAAAAUUUUCUAGACAUCAUUCCGAAUCCAAUGAGGUUUGCCACGUAUUUUUAGGAGAAGUAUCUCUAUUUUUCACCACUUUGAACUAGUGGACUAAACUAAUAUGGACAAGAGUAAACACAAACUAAAGUAAUUAUGUUGGAAUUGAACCGACAAAGUGUGUUUUAACUAAUACGACGACAAAAGACAAUAAAGUAAAGUUUCCCUUCUUGUAUGUAAAUGUUAUACCUACUUGUUUUUAAUAAAUGUAUUUUUAUUAUA